AUGAAUUCAAGGUAGACAGCAAGUUAACAUCGAAUGAAGGAAACAGAAGUUCUGAAAAGUAGAAAGUAAGACACUAACGAGAAAAAAUAAAAUAACAAUCACUAAUUUGAGAGCUAAGAUUCCUCGCAAAUGUCUAAUAGCGAUGAGAGUGGGGAUGAUUUGGACAUUGAGGACGGAGAUGAUGAUGAUAGAUCUGAUAUGAGACCCUCAAUAGCGAAUUUUGAUCCGUCAAGACUGACAAACAAUAAAGACCGGUCUGCUCCUAGGGCAACAGGAACAAGAGAAAUGCCUUCAAAUAUGAAUACUGGCCAUAAGAGCUACUAUACUAAUUCUAAUAUCAAGAGUCCGGACCUUAAGUAAAAUGAAAAGGAGAAGUUAAAGAAGCAAUUGAGCUAGAAUUAAAAUUAAGAUAGAGCUAAAUUGAUAAGAAAAAGGAAUCAGCAUCUGAGCUCUAUAGGCUACAAUGGGCAUGUGAACUUUAUACUCAGAAAAGAUAAACACUUUUAAGUGCCUGAAGAGUAAUUUGAUGUACUUAAGUCAAUUGAGGAUUUUGAGCCAGAUUAUCGAGAUUAUGUAGUUACCACCGUUCUGUACUUGGUUUAACCGACUUCAAAGAAAAUGCUAAGUGAAGAUUUAGUUGAAAUAUAAUUAGGUGGAGAGUAAUAGCAGCAAGAUAUCACUACUACUGUGAGAAAGAAGUUCUUUGAAUGGUCUGAAGGGAUUGCAAUAGCUAAGAUAUUUCCAAAUGACAGCAAAGAGCAAGACACCUUAUUGAUUGAGCUACUAUCCACUAAGUUGUCUAAAUCAUAAGCAAGACAUAUACUUAGUCCAUUGCUUGUUAUUUCUACAAAAUUCGUCAUCCAUAUGUAAUUCAUAUUUUAUUAAUUUAAAACCUAACUUAGAGAUGAUGCUGAAUUAUCCAGAGGUAUUGAAGCUGUUAUACCAAUGCUAUUGCAAAUAAAUGAAAAAUAUGAUUUUGAUUCAUUGAAAGCUUAUGACCAAUAAAAUACAAACGAUGUAAUCUCUGAAUUCAUGCCAAAGAUAAUGUUUUACUCUACAAGCAAGAAGCUAUUAAAGCAAUCUUAAGAUUAGAAGUUGCAUGAUAUAUUGGACAAAACACUACUAUCAAUAUAAGAAAAUGACGAAUUAAAAUCAUAAUUUUUGGUUAUGUUUAAGAACAGAGAACUCUUUAUUGAGGGGAAUAAAGACAACGGGGAUAUCAAAUCAUAGCUUUCCACCUAAAACUUUCCCAAAGAAUUCCUGGGAAGAAAGGUAAAAACCACACCAGAUGUAGUACUUAGCUUCAUUAAGAAUAGCUUGAACUCCAAAGAUUGUAUUUCAUUAGGAGAAGAAUUAAAUCUAGUCUUUAUGAUGAAGAUAGAGCAAUUAUAUGAGUCAGCUAGCAAGGACUUCAAAAAGCAUGUCUAAAAUAUAAAAGGAUUUCCAAGAGAUGUUGAGGAGUUGACUACCUAUCUAUUGGACCUUAAAAAUGAAGCAAUUCACAGAAUAGGGCUUUGUAAAUAAUUUGCAUUAAGUGCUACAAUCAGUAGCAAGAUUGAUGAGAAAAGAAGGAAUUUUGAGAACUCCAUGUUCUAGUCUGCACUAAGAUAGUGCUUAGAACACAAUGAGAAAUAAUCAUAGAAGAAAACUCAAAGCCUGCUUAAGCAGCUAUUUGAGCCAAUGAGUAAGGAAGCCUAAUCCAGUAAAGGUUACUCUUUGCAGAACAUUCAGCAAAUGGAAUUUGAUCUUCAAAAUAUUUUGACUACUUAUUGUGAGACUUAAGCAGUAGGCCCUUCUUAAACUGCAACUCUUUUGGACUUUCUUGAUCUGAAUCUGGUUGAUCUAUACAAGAAUGUUAUUCAAAGAGAAAUAGACACAAACUUUUAGAAGCAAAGAGAUGAAGACAAAGUCAUUGUGGAAUUGGAGCAAUAAGUCUAAGAUUUAGAAAAAGUGGUUGCUGAGAAAAAGAAGGUUGUUCAGAAAAAUAGAGACUUAAUAGAUGAGUUUAAAGGCAAGGAACUCAGCUAAAAAAGAGAAGUAGAGCACAUGAAUGAAAGACAGUAGGAAUAGGAGGAGGAACUGUAGCUAAGACGACUUGAAAUUCAGGACUUGAAGUAAAAGGAAUUCGAAUUGGAAGAAUCCAAAUAUCAAAUGGAAGUUGAAUUAAAGAAAAAGAGGGAUGCCCGAAUUCAAAAGCUAAAAGAGCAAGAAGAAUUAGAAAAGCAAAAAAGGGAUAUCAAAAGGUCUAACCCUGAUGACUCUGAUGACGAAGGGAAGCCCAAAAAUAAAAACUGUGCAUGCAAAUGUCAAAUUUUCUGA